AAGUGUCGCGAAUAUCCCAGCUGCGCUUAUAUUUAAAGCGGCAGGUGCCUUUACGCUUCUCAAUAAGACGCUGAUAAAGUCGUACGGCUUUUUAUUACGACAGUGUCACUCAAAAAUGUCAACAGCAGGUCAGGUGAUCAGGUGUAAGGCAGCUGUGGCAUGGGAACCUGGCAAACCUCUGUCUAUUGAAGAAGUGGAGGUGGCCCCACCCAAGACUCAUGAAGUCCGAAUCAAGAUUGUUGCCACAGGCGUGUGCAACGCAGACUGGGGAUACUUGUAUGAGGCUGGAAAGGGGAUGAAAUUCAGACCGUUUCCUUUGGUGCUUGGCCACGAGGCUGCAGGCAUAGUGGAGAGCGUCGGUCCUGAUGUCACCAAGUUCGCACCGGGAGACAAAGUAAUACCAGUUUCUCUGCCCAACUGUGGCGAAUGUGAAGCAUGUCAAACCCCGAAACCCAAUCAGUGCAGGAAGAACUGGGCAAACAUGCAAGUGGGUGUAUUAGCUGAUGGCACAAGCAGGAUAUCUUGCAAGGGGCAGCAGGUGUACCAGUUCCUUGGGAUCAGUUCCUUCUCCCAGUUCACUGUGGUUCCUGACACCUCUCUCGCAAAGAUAAGACUUGAUGCACCGCUGGACAAAGUCUGCCUGCUUGGCCACAGCGUCUCCACUGGUUAUGGAGCUGCUGUUAAUACAGCCAUGGUUGAAAAAGAGUCUUUGUGUGCUGUGUUUGGGCUUGGAGCUGUUGGACUGGCCGCCAUCAUGGGCUGCAAGGCCGCUAUGGCAAAAAAGAUCAUCGGGGUUGACAUCAACGCUGACAGGUUUGAGGUAGCCCAACUGUUAGGGGCCACUGACUGCAUCAACCCUGGAGAUCAUACUAACCCAGUCCAAGAGGUUCUGGUGGAACUGACCAAUGGAGGGGUGGACUACGCUCUGGAGUGUGUUGGAAGUCCAGAUGUCAUGAGUGCUGCACUUAAUUCCACGAGAGAUAUUUGGGGUUCCUGUGUCAUUGCUGGGUGGACAGAGGCAGAAUCAAUGUCUGUGCAGGUUGAGAAGUUACUGAUGGGACGCACUUUGAAGGGGACUUCUUUUGGAGGCUGGAAGAGUGUGCAGAGCAUUGCCCAACUGGUGGAUGACUACAUGAACAACAAACUGAGGCUGGAUGAGUUUAUCACCCACAACCUCCAACUGGAUCAGAUUAACCAGGCCUUUGACCUUUUAAAAAGUGGCAAAAGCAUCCGUACUGUCAUCAGUCUGCACAGCUGAGGAGGAUACAGCCAUAGAUGCUACCAGAUGAGAUGAAGGACCAACAUUUUCAUACUAUGAUAUUAUAUUUUGUACGCUACACACAAUGUAUGUGUGAAGUUGUUAUCCAUUCUCUUAAAUUUAUCAGCAAAUCUUUUCUGUGCUCUUUUCAUUUUUGCCACUAGAUGGCAGUCUUACAUCAUGUAAAAGCUCCAGUAUAUGUGUCCAUAGCAACAUUUAACCUGAUAUAUAUGGGGAAAAAAACUUGCUUUCAAUUCCUUAUUUUUUACAUUAAUGUUAAUAAAAAAGAAUAAUGUUGUGUU